AUGUUACGAUGUGUGGCUCAAUCCACCACCUCGUCGCCUGAGAAAUACGCGGUCAUGGGCAUGGACAUGAGUGUCCUCGAAAAACAAACGGCCGUCUUACAACGCCUUUAUCAACAACAAGAACAUUCUUGGCAACCUCAAGAAGCUAACAUAAAUCCUACGAUUCACCAAAAUAUGCCAAAUUUGCAGCCGGCGAAAUAUGAUCAAUGUUUGGAUGAAAUCAGUUUGCCUAGUUUUGCUAUAUCUGGAAGAGAGCAGCAGCAGCAUAUUGGAUUUGCCUGUCCUGAACUCACAAGUGGUUCAGUUUCAGCCGUUUCUAAUAACUCGUCAAAGACAAAACACGAUCAUCAGAUCAAUAGCGGCAUGUUGAAGAGAGAAGGAACUGUCUCCAAUUCCACGAGGAAACGAAAAGCAGAGUUUGAUGUUGAAGAGGAUUGUAAGGACAAAGGGGCUGAAAGAGAAGCAGGAGAGGUUCAGUCAGAUAUCACAGUGAAAACUGAUAGGGAAACUUCGACUGACACUUCUUCGAAGGAAAGCAUUCAAAAGCCCGACUAUAUUCAUGUCAGGGCGCGUCGUGGCCAGGCCACUGAUAGCCACAGCUUAGCCGAAAGAGCAAGGAGGGAGAAAAUCAGCAAGAAAAUGAAGUAUCUGCAGGAUUUAGUCCCUGGAUGUAACAAAGUAACUGGCAAAGCUGGAAUGCUUGAUGAAAUCAUCAACUAUGUUCAGUCAUUACAAAAACAAGUCGAGUUCCUUUCGAUGAAAUUGGCUGCUUUAAAUCCAAGGCUCGACUUCAGCAUCGAUGAUUUCUUCUCGAAAGAGAUUCCAGCAUAUAUUGCCAGUUUCCCGACGCAAUUACAAGUCUCGAAUCCAACAAGCUUACAGUAUAAUCCACUGCAAGAAGGAGCUAUAAGUUGUGGGGUUGAUAUAGCAAUGAGUCCAUCUCAAAUGUUACCUCAAAAAGAAGGAAGCUCUUCUGUGCCUAUUACAGAAGUAUAUCAUGAUUCUUCUUCUGCACAUCAAGCACGAAUGCUGCCAACUUGGGAUUCUGAAUGGCAGAAUCUUUUCAGUGCUGGCUUUCAUUAG